AUGACAGAAACAUUAAAUACAGUUUCAGUAAUACCAAUUACUCAGCACCACUCAAAUAGUAUAGUUAAUAAUAGUAACAACAACGAAAGUGAUAAUAGCACAAUAUCACCACCAUCAUCACCAGCAUUAGAUUCCAGUGGAAGCACUAUAAAUAGUAAUGAUAGUAGCAAAUUAAUGGAUGAUACAAUAAAUCAAAAUAUAAUUAUAGAAAAUACAAACAAAAUAAAAGAAUUAAACACAGCUAAAAUGGAUAGCAACAGUAUACAGACCACAUUAAAUAGUAAUAAAAUUGGUAGUAGUAGUAGUAAUAAUAAUAAUAAUAAUAAUAAUAAUAAUAAUAAUAAUAAUAAUAAUAAUAAUAAUAAUAAUAAUAGUAGUAGUAGUGGUGUUAAUAAUAACAAUGAAAUAAUAAAUAAAAUUAAAAGUAAUACUAUAAUACAUAAACCCAAUGGUAUAACAUUUAGUAAUAUAAAACAACAUCAUCAACAGCAACAACAACAAAUUCAUUCACAACAUAGCACCGGUGGAAGUAGUACAGGUAGCAAUAAAUUAAGUCUAAGUAAGAGAAUAAAAUCCACAAGUACAAGUAGUAGAGCUUCAAUUAUAGAUAAUAUGGAUAUAGAGAUAGUAUUUCAUUCAUUAAAAAACCAAGUUACUUCAAAGAAUUCAUUUGUUUUAGGUGUGCAUAGACAUAGAAUGAGUAAUAUUAGUAAUAGUAGCGGUGAACAAAGUAGCAGCAACACAACAGCAAUUGUAUCACCACCAUCAUCAGUAGAUGGAUAUACUACAUCAAAUCAAGGCAACAACAAUAACAACAACAACAACAACAAUAAUAAUAAUAGUAAUUAUAAUAAUAAUAAUAAUAGUAAUAAUGGUACGAAUAAUGGUAAUCCAAAUCACCAACAACAAUCAAAUCAUCAUAGUAUAAAUGAUAUCAUGACACCCUCAAUCAAUAGUAGUGAUUUUAAUAGUGAUACAGUUGGACGUGGUAGUAUUUUUACUAUAUCGAAUAGUGAUGCUGACAGUAACGCAGGUGGUUUAAAUCAGCCAUCUUUUAACGAUUUAACCAUUACUUGUGAUACACUCACCGAAACUGAUGAAGAAGAUUUAGAAGAAGAAGGUGGUUUUUUAGAGGAUUCAGAUCCUGAAGAUAUGUUCAAUGAAGAUGAUGAUUAUUUUAAUGAAGAAGAGUUUUUAAAAUUUGAAAAGCAAUUUAAAAGUAAUAUUAAUAAAACCAAUAAUAAUGGUAAUAAUAAUAAUAAUAAUACAUCUUCAGUUAUUUAUAAUAAACCAAAUCAAAAUAUACAACAACCACCAUUAUCAUAUCAACAACAACAAUUACAUUAUCAACAACAAUUUCAACAAUUACACCAACAGGCACAACAACAAAAUAGUGGUUUCUCAUCUAACAAAAGAUCAUCAAAAGAAAUAGUUAAAAAGAAUUUCCAAGAUGACGACGACGAAGAUGAUGAAAAUGAAGCAAUUACUGAUACCGACGAUGAGGUUGAUGUAGUUAAAAAUAAAAAGCAGCAAAAGCUAAAGCAACCACAACACCCACCACAACAACAACCACAACAACUUGUAGAUAAUAAUAAAUCAUUUGUAAAUAGUAAUAAUAGUCAUAAUAUUAGCAAUAAUAAUAAUUUAAAUAGUAUUUUGGAACACCAAAGUAACGAGGAUGAGGGUUCUUACAGUAGUAGUUAUAAAUCUAGCCAAAAUUCAGUUAUUUAUAAACCAAACUUAGUUUCAUCACCAAACUUCAAAUCAUCCUUAUCCUCUUCAUCCUUAUUAUCUGGAGGUUCAUCACUCAGAACAUCUCCAUAUAAUCAAAGUCCAAUUUUAUCACCCACAGGAAAUAAUACAAAUAAUAUUAAUGGUCCAAACGAUAAUUUUAAUUUAAAUAGUCAAAGUGUUAUUAAUGUAAAAAAUAAUAAUACAAAUAAUGUAGGAUUAGAGUCUCCACGUAGUUUUUAUUCUCAAACAAAUAAUAAUAAUAAUAAUAGUAGUAUUAAUAAUAAUAGUAAUAAUAGUAAUAUUAAUAAUAACAAUAGUAUUAAUAGUAUUAAUACUAAUAAUAAUAAUAAUAAUAGUAUUAAUACCUCAAAUAAUGUACAAUCAUCACCGAUGGUAAUUAAUAAUAAUAUUACUUCACCAGUUUCUAAUACUCAAAUACCGAAUAAUAGUAGUAUUAAUAAUAAAUCAAAUCAAACACCAAAAGACUUUUCUACAACACCAACAUCAUCAUUUUUAUCUGUAUCAUCAAAUUCCUCAACCCAUUCCACAACAUCCACAUCCACAUCCUCAACACUCAACAGUAGUGGUAAUAGUAAUAGUUCACCAAAACAUUCAUCAUCACAUAAGUCAAAAUCAGUUUUUUCAAAAUUACUCAAAGAAGGUAAAAAACGUUUAGCAACUAAAUUCCAUAAAGAUGUUGAAGACGAACAACCAACUUUUAUUCAUGUUUAUAGAGGAAAUGGCGACGAAAGUUGGAGAGUAAAGAUUACCAGCUCAACAACAGUCAAAGAUUUAUUAUCAAUGUUGGUAUCAUCAACAGCUAAAAGUGAAACAUUAUUAAAAUUAAUUAUCACCAGUUCAUUAAACAGUUGCACGUGUAAUUCUAAUAAUAGUCCAAAUUUUCAAUCAGAACCAUCCACUUCACCAAAUUCAACCUCAUCGCAAUGCACAUGUAAUUUAAAUAAAAUUCCAGAAAAAGAAUUGCAUGAGGAUGAUAAGGUAUUAAGCGCUCAAAAGAAAUGGAAUGGACCAUCAGUAUUUGUAUUAAAAAAUAAUUGUAAAUCAACUAGUAGCAGUAGUGUUAGUAGUAUAAAUAAUAGCAAUAAUAAUACCAAUAGUAAUAAUAAUAAUAAUACAAGAUUCUCAUUAAGUUCAGUUGCUUCCGAAUCAUCUGAUCAUAGUAAUCAUUCACAUCAUCAUAACAAUCAUUAUCAUCACCAUCAACACAACACCAAUAAUAAUAAUAAUAAUGAAAAUGCAUCCAAUAUUGGAUCAUCGACUAAUUCAUCACCAUGGUCCUCACCUGCACUUUCCUCACCAAAACCACAGCAAUAUUAUGAAGGCAUACCAGCAUUGAAUUUAGACUCGGUAUCAAAUUGGGAAACAGAUUCAAUUAACUCAUCAACAUCAACAGGUACACCAAAAGUUGCUAAAAGAUCGACUACUAUUUAUCAACAACACACAAGAAACAACAGCAGUAAUACCGAUCAUUACCCACCAAGCACUCCAACACCAUUCCAAAACUUAUUAAAAAAACAACACUCACACCAACAGCUACAGUUAUUACAACAACAGCAACAACUACAACUACAACAGCAACAGCAACAGCAACAUGGUAAUCAAACAAACACAUCAACUUUGCCCCAACAACCACCACAACCACCACAUCAAGAAGGUUGGAAAAAUGCAGAAAGACCAAGAACUGGUGUAAGAUGGAUAAACUCUAGUGAGCUUUCAUUAAUUAAAAAGAUUGGUCAAGGUUCAUUCUCUAAAGUGUAUAAAGCUAAAUAUCAAGGUGAAAUUGUUGCUAUUAAAGUGUUAAAAGGUGAGGCUACCUCAGAACAAAUUGAACUAUUCAAGAAAGAGUAUGAUGUAUUAAGUUCAACAUCAUCUCAAAAUCUUAUUAAGUUUUAUGGGGCUUGUAAAGAGAAAAAAUUAAAAAUGGUCACAGAGUAUUGCCAAUAUGGUUCGCUUUAUAAUAUAAUGGCAAAGAAAAGAAUGGAAAUUUCAUGGCCUCUGGUUUUUAGAUGGAUGCAUCAAGUCGUUGAGGGUAUCAAUUCCCUACAUACAAUGAGACCCGCUCUUGUUCAUCGUGAUAUUAAAUCUCAGAAUCUUUUAAUUAAUAGCCAGUUGGAUUUAAAGGUUGCAGAUUUUGGUUUAGCUAAACCUACAGAACUCCAAACCGGAAGUAAUACCACUAUAAAGGGUACAAUGCUAUACUGUGCACCAGAGCUUUAUGGAGGUGCUAGUUAUAGUGAAAAAGCGGAUGUCUAUUCCUUAGGUAUAGUUUUGUGGGAGAUUACCACACGUGUAAUUACAGGGCGUUAUCAAAGACCAUACGAAGACUACACCGAAAUUAGUUUUGAUUUUCAGAUUGUAAUUAUGACAUCAAAGCAAGGUAUUCGUCCAACCAUGCCACCAAAUGUUCCACCCAAACUAUCUUAUCUCAUUCAAAGAUGUUGGAACCAAGAUCCCAAAGAAAGACCAUCAUGUCAACAGGUUUUAUUGGCCAUACAAUCACUUUACGAUGAUUAUAUAUCCGAUCCAGAGUAUUGGCACUCAUUAAUUUCCCAUACCUCAAAUCACAGCAACAUGUAUAACAAUGAUGAAAACGAACAUAAUGAACAAUAUCAACAAUAUGAACAACACCAUUAA